AUGGAUUCCUCCCCACCGACACUUAUCAUUGGUCUUGACUAUGGCACAACCUUCAGCGCAUACCCAGAGGAUAAUCCGGGGCUGGUCCAGAACGGCGUACGAUGGGGGCAUCAGGUCGCGCCAACCAUGAGCGCCGCGUCCUGGACUAAGUUGCUGCUCACGGAUGAGGGGGCCACAGUCAGCGACGAGGAUCUACAAUGGGCAAUUGCAGUCGGCGUGAGUCAUUUGCCAGGUGGAAGAUCUCCGGUUCAGGUAGUCGCGGACUACCUGCAUAUGCUCUACGAGCAGCUGGGCAUUUUCGUGCGAGAAGAUCUGGCGAAGGACCCGGAAGGAUGGGGGAUACCUCUGGAUUUAAUCCAGAUGCAGGUUUGGCUGGCUGUCCCAGCGGCUUGGUCUGAGAUCCCGCGAGAAGAUCUCCGACGCGCUGCUUCUCGGGCCGGAUUCGGGAGCCGCGCAGGCGAUCAGCUUUCUUUGUUGACGGAGCCCGAAGCGGCCCUAAUGACAACCCUGCUGCGUGGGCGUCUGGAGAAUGGAAGCGAGUUGACGAUUGAAGAACACCCUAUUCCCUUUCCUGCUUUCAUAUCGCAAGCGCAAUCUGAAAUGUUUGGAUCUAGCCAGGUGAAUAUGCGGUUAUAUGUGAUUGCGGGGGAGGAAGCGUCCUACAUUAUCACGUCUCAAAAUCCCCUCGAGUACCGUGAGCUGACGCCCAGCACAGGGGACAUCAUCGGCUCGACCAGCAUCGUCCGUGCGUUUUGCCGAUUCUUGUCAAAUCAAUGGCAAAAUUCGUUCAAUCAAGCGCCGCCAGGUCAUCUUAUCGCCCCGGGUAGCUCCGUGAUGAAGUGGUUCGAACUUCUCAAACAUGGAUACGACGGGACGCAGGGAGAAAAUGUUUAUCGCCAGCGUCUACUGGAUCAUGGCCUUCCAGCAUCGAUAUCCCAGAUUGAACUCCCAAGGCAUGUCUUGCAUCUAAUGACUGAGCCUGUCGUCCGUCGUGUUUGUGCGCUGCUCAGGACGCAUCUCAAAGACGCUCGUGACGCCAGCCAUCAACCAGGACUACGCACUAAGGUCUUCCUCGUGGGUGGGUUCAGCCAGUCGAUGUAUCACCGCCGGGAGGUGGCCGAUGUUUUCGACCGAACGCACCUAAUCGCCGUCUUUCCGCUUAAAGAUCCGUUAGCAAGCAGCGGUCGCAACGGGGGCUGCGCUUUGGGGCCACCGCGUUUCACGCCCGGCGGCAAGAACAACCCGGUCAAACUAUGGCUUUGA